AUGCUGUCCUACAUGAUGGCGCUCAUCUUCUGGGUCAACUCCACCGUGCUUUCCCACGGCGUGUGGAUGCGCAGGCACUCUGACGCGCCUGGGGCGGUAGUGGAAGUGAUCGACGUGCACCCCGAUGAUGUUUACGAGCACAUGCUGCAAGGGUGGACCCGAGGGCAUCCAAACGGUUUCGUGGAAGUGGGCAUCCUCACAGCAGACGGUUUCGCGGGGUGCUUCGGCCAACAGAACGCGACUGGAUUCCUGGAGCAGGAGGAGUUUGUCGAGGAACCGGUGCCCGUGCCAGUUCCUGUUCCUGCGCAGGAAGACGCCGACGAGGUGCCUGAACCCGUGCCAGUUCUGGUUGCUGUGCACGAAGAGACCGACGAGGUGCCCGAGCCCGUGCCGGUUCAUGCGCCCGCUACGCCGGAAUGUCCUCUUCCUGCGCAAGAGGAAUCCGGCGAGGGGCCUGAGUCCGCGCCGGUUUCUGCGCCCGUUGCGCCAGAAGGCGCCCUCGUCGGGCCCGUCCCCGAGGACUCUGGCGCAGGCGCCCCCCCGGCCAAGCGAGGGCGCCCGGGUCGCCCAAGGAAAGGAUGGACCGAACACGCCCGCUUAUCCUUCCCUGACACGACGAAGUUGCGGGAGGCUGCAGCCAAGGCCGCCGACCAGCUCCACGGAUGUCGACUGGGACACUUGCGCAACACAACGGCCGAGGGGCGCAAAGCCGUGGAUGCACCUUGCAAAAACUGCGCAGGGUGCACCCGCCAGUGGUGCUUCUCCUUCCUUCCACCCCACGGGACUGGCCGCCUAGUGCUCGUCGUCGAGAAGAAAGGGGAGUGCUGCCCAACGUCCCCGUCGAACGCCCGCAUCCUCGACCGCGCCAAGGAGCACGCCCAGAGAAUGUCUCCCGUGAAGGCGCGCGACCAGAUGGAACGAGACAAGGUCCCGCUGAAGGAGAGACCAGAUCUCAAGCAGUUGCAGAACGCCAGGACGCGCAAGCCCGAGGAACCCAGAAUCCCCGUGGUUGCCGGCAGGGUGACAGUGCGCUGGAACGCUUGCAUCGGGGAGAUGAAGGACUGGUUGAAGAAGGAUCACAACCCGAUCUUCCUGUUGAACAUGGUCGACACAAAGACAGGUCAGCAGACGCCAGUUGUGACCGACAAGAACUUGCGCAUCCCCUUCACCCACGGAGUCUCCGAGGCGUUGCUUGCCGAGCACAGGUUGGAGUGGCUCUUGAUGGAUUGGACGUGGAAGACGAACUACCACGGGAUGCUCGUGGGUGCCGUUGGCCCCGUGGGCCUCCACGUGGACGAAGCAACUGGCCUCCCGACUAUGCGCUUCCUGCCGGUGGUGUUCAUGGCCUCGGAGACCGAGGACAACGAGGCUUCCGAGCUUCUCUUGCAGGCUUAUUUCGAGAUCGCUGACCGCCUUGGCAUCAGCACGACGCACGCCGUCAUGGACUGCCGGUGCAUGGGCGCGGCCGCCCCCCUGUGCGAAGCUCGUGGCAUCCGACUGCGCAGGUGCCUGCAGCACGUGAAGGGGAACGUCGCUGACGAGAGCAAGAAGAUGUUGGACAAGGGGAGCGGCGUGAAGCGGAUGAAGAACACGGCCCUCGUACAUCCCAUCAAGAACUUCAUGGAAUUCUCCGCCGGCCUCCCCGACAGCGGCGCCGGGGGCGAGGGCGAGAGUGACUUGGAGUUCAACGUGCUGAUGACGGAGAUAUUCGAUCGGAUGAGGGAGGACGGGGAAGAGUCGUUUCAAUGGGGCGAGUCGGCAAUGGCGGACUACCUCCUGACGAACAUCUUUACAGUGCGUCCAGACGGAACGAUCACCGCGCCCUGGCGCUGCGGGCUCGGGCAGGCCCCCCCUGGCCUUACGACGUACGCGACGUCUACAAUUGAAAGAUCUUGGCGGACUCUCAAAGGCGUUUGCUGCGCGGGGGGCCCGAAGUCACUCCCAGAGCUGAUCGACGGAAUCGGCACCAUGAUGACGUCGAGGAAGGACACUGGCUUCUGGAAGUCCCUGCGCCGCGAGAUCAAGAUCCCCCCCCCUUCGCUGACUGGCGAGGGCCGCCGCCAAGUGGCGAGCAGACUUGAACAGGAUGUCAGCGAGGAGGAGGGGGGCACGACGACCCGCCCCGCGAGGCUGAACCGCCACGACAUGAUACUCCACUUCCAGCGGGAGGGCCGCGACGGCACGUACCUCUCCAACGCGUGCAACGUCGUCUUAAACGUCGACGGCGUCGCAGUCCAGACCACCUCCGUGUACGUCUUGCCGAAGUUCCACCUGGGCUGGGCGAAGGAGCGCAAGGCGGACAUGCGGGCGGCGCUGCAGCUGGGCACGGCGAA